CCACAGGUCCACAAUCCUUAGCCCCUUAUCUCUACCAAACUCCAGCUCUCGUCGAAGCAUCUUUGAACUUCUUAACAAUGGCUAACACUUUAUGUAUAACUCUCACUCAAUCUUCUUGUCCCACUUUACCAAAACUUUAUUCAUCAAAAUCCCUUGUUCAGAAAUCACAUAGAAUCUCUCUUACCCCAUUUCUCAAAUUUCAAGAUUCAGCUCCUACUCAUUCUUCCACCAGAGGGUUCACUACUAUAUGCUUUUCUAGUCCCAGAAAUGGUCCUGAUUAUAAAGGAAGUGGACUUGACUGGCCAAUUUUGAGACGCUGGAAUGUGCCAUGGAAUUGGCAAACUGUUUCACUUUCUUCGCUUGCGUGUGGAUUGAGUUUUGUUUUGACAGGACUAAUAGAGGCAGCAUCAAUACCAUAUGUAGGACUUGACGUAGAUGAAUUGAGCUUGGAUGAGAAAGCUGAAAUUUUGUUUGCCGAUCAAGCUAUAACAACUGCGGUUGUGCUAAUAGUCCUUUAUACUCUCACCAAGUCAUCUCAACCGCUCCCUGAUGACAUAUAUCGUUAUGAUUUGAAGGAACCUUUCAAUCUCCAGAGAGGAUGGCUUUUUUGGGCUGGAAUUGGUCUAGUAGGAGCAAUAGGUGCCAUUGCUUUAACAGGAGUGGCAAUGUCCACUUUCAACGGUGAGACGCCACCUAGAGAGACUGAUGCUCUUGCCCGAUUACUCCCAUUGAUAGGCUCUUCAAGUAUCAGUACUGUUUCUCUGCUGGGCAUUACUGGUGUACUUGCUCCAAUUCUUGAGGAGACUGUGUUUAGAGGAUUUUUUAUGGUCUCUCUGACCAAGUGGUUACCUACACCGCUUGCAGCGGUAAUUAGUGGUGCUGUGUUUGCUCUUGCGCAUCUCACUCCUGGACAAUUUCCUCAGCUGUUUGUUCUUGGGACUGCUCUGGGAUUUUCUUAUGCUCAAACGCGGAACCUCCUAACUCCCAUCACAAUUCAUGCUUUCUGGAACUCUGGUGUUAUCUUGCUUCUAACCUUCCUUCAGCUUCAAGGUUAUGAUAUCAAGGAAAUAAUACAAGCAACUUGAGCGGGCCAUGGUAAUUCUCCGAACAAGGCCAGUUACAUAAUCAGUCGUCUUCAUUAGCUUGUUCAUAGUUGCUGAACAUCGGAAGAAAUCUGAUUAUAGUUUCUGUAAUUUAGGACACAUGAGAACUGGAGCUUGUAUGUAAUGGAAGAAAUUAUUUUUUCUCCAAUGCCGAGUUGCUUAGUCUAUUGGAAGAGCUACUAAUGCUCUUUCUUCAUGAAAAGCAGGGGAAGAAUCCAACAAGGAAGCCUCUGUUAAUUUCUCAAUAAUAAUCUAAUAUACUACUAUUAGUAGGUUUUGAUUGCACAUUUUUCUUUAAUUUAUCCCUGUGUACAAGUUAGUCGGGAUCAAUUAUAUGAAUGAAUCUUCGAUAUCCAUUUCACUUCA